CGAAGGUACACAUGAACAUCAUGCACCUCUUCGCUUCAAUUCUACACCAAAAAUGUCACAUAUACCAGCAGCAGCUGUAGUUGGAGCAGCAACACCAAAUCCAUCACUCCGCAUUUUCCAUUAUCCAAACACAGUAUCUCUCCUUCCACCUUCCUUUCUCUCUCCUCCUUCCUCCAUAAUACCUUCCUGCCUCUACUCUCUUAAAGCCCUCCGCUCUCUCUCCUCCUCUGCUUUUCCUUCUCAUUCCCAAAACUUUCAAUUCGCAACCUCGAAUUUCAACGAACUAGGUGAAGGUGUAGAUGAAUUUGAAGAGGAAGAAGAACAAGUUAUUGGGGAUUGUUUAAUUUUUGAAGAUGGGGUUUUCGAGGACCCAUUUAUUGAACAAGAAUUAAACUCACAGAUUUCAUCAGUUUCUAAAACUACCCAGAAACCUAAAUCCAGGCAAAAACAAGAGGAAAUCAUUGAACCCCAGAAUUUAAUCCCGGAAGAAUGGAACCAAGUUGUAGACGAAAUCAAUUUGACGAAGAAAGAAAGGCGAAAAAUGGCGCAGGAAUUGGAGUUUGGGCAGAAGAUUGUGAAGAGGAAGAUGAUAAAUGUGAAUAUGCAGGAGUAUUUGAGGUUGAAAAAUGAGAAAUUGUCUCAAUUGAAUCCUGUUGUUCUUGAUAACCCACCUGCGUUUCGUGCCAAAGAUGAGGGAAAUGGUGAUAGUGAUGAGGAUGAGGAUGAUGAUGAUGAUGAUGAUGAUGAUGUAAAUAAUAGGAGAGAGUAUGUAAGUUCGAGGGUUGAACCUAAGAAUCCGAGAUGGGCUGUUUAUGGCCGUGGAUUGGAUGAUAUUACAGACUUCUUCAACAGUGGGAGUUAUGAGUCCAGUGAUAAUAAAUCUGAUGGACGUCAAAAUCAAAUGUUGUUUACAAAGGAAGAGAAGUACCUGAUGAAUGCUAAAAAACCGAAACUUGCAGCUGCUACCUCACAAAAAUGGCUGCCUUUGCAUACUCUUGCUGCAUCAGGAGAAUUUUACCUUUUGAACACUUUGUUAAAAUAUGAUGUUGAUAUCAAUGCUGCUGAUCAGGAUGGCUUAACUGCUCUUCAUAAAGCAAUAAUUUGCAAAAAGCAGGCUAUUAUAAACUUUUUACUGAGAGAGUCAGUUGAUCCUGUUGUUCGUGAUAAGGAUGGGGCAACUUUGAUGCAUUAUGCUGUCCGAGCCGCAUCAAGUCAGACUAUUAAAACACUGUUGCUGCACAACAUCGACAUCAACCUCCAAGACAAUGACGGGUGGACUCCAUUGCAUCUUGCUGUUCAAGCACGAAGAACAGAUGUUGUGAGGCUUCUCUUAAUGAAAGGAGCAGAUAAGACAUUGAAGAACAAGGACAAUCUGGCUCCUUUGGAACUUUGCCUUUAUUCUGGUAUAGACACAAAUACGUUUUUGCUGAUCAAGCUAUUGAAACAGCUACCUAGGCAACAUCGUUGAUUGUAUAUAGGAAACACAUGACUAGCAGAUCAAAUAUAGGCAGUCAGCAAUUUACACGAUUAGCUGCUCAUUGGAGAGUUGCUGCUGAAGAUAUCCACAAACCUCAGAUCGUGAUAUUGUGAAGAAGACAUGAUUCUAAUGUAUCAAAGCUGCUGCCCUAUGGCCAAGGGUGCUAUAAUUCAUAUAGUAGCACCUGAUAGAGGAUUGGUGAGAUACAUAAUGAAAUUAGUACUUCUGUAAUUUUGUAACUUGAGCUGCUGAUCCUGUUUGAUGAAUCCCAUUUUUCAAACAUGGUGUUACUUCAUGACAGUCCGAUUAUUAAACUAAAAUUUUGAUAGUCUUGUUCA